CUGCCGCCGGAACCCAAAGCACCAGGCGCUGGACCGUCUGUGUGACCUGUUUCCGGUGUGGAAGGAUGUGGCCUCCUUGCAGGUCACUGCGCAACUUGGCUCUAGCCUUGACGAGGUCGCAGGGAGCUCGGGCCUGCAGUGGGGACGAACGUGUCUCCUACACACAGGGCCAAAGCCCGGAGCCCAGAACCCGCGAGUAUUUCUACUACGUGGAUCACCAGGGCCAGCUUUUCCUGGAUGACUCCAAAAUGAAGAACUUUGUCACCUGCUUCAAAGACCUGCAGUUCCUGGUCACCUUCUUCUCCCGUCUGAGACCUAACCAGAGCGGGCGCUACGAGGCCUCCUUCCCCUUCCUCUCCCUCUGCGGCAGGGAGCGUAACUUCCUGCGCUGUGAAGACCGGCCCGUGGUCUUCACGCACCUGCUGGCCCCCGACAGCGCGUCCCCUCGCCUGUCCUACUGCGGCGGCGCCGAGGCCCUGGCCGUACCCUUUGAGCCGGCUCGCUUGCUCCCCCUGGCGGCCAACGGGCGCCUGUACCACCCGGCGCCGGCGCGCGCGGGCGGCGUGGGCCUAGUGCGCUCGGCCCUGGCCUUCGAGCUCAGUGCCUGCUUCGAGUAUGGGUCUGGCUCCCCCGCGGUCCCCUCUCACGUGCACUGGCAAGGUCGCCGCAUCGCCCUGACUAUGGAUCUGGCCCCGCUGCUGCCCACUGCCCCGCCGCCCUGAGCCUCCGGCCGGCUGAGACUGGGUGGGGAGGGUUAAGGCAAAUACUGGGCUUUGUAGUACUCGCAGGUUACCCCCCGGUCCCAGCGCUCCAGGUCGACCCAGAUGUCCCCUGUCACCUGCCGGUGACUGAGUGCGCGUGCGCGCAGAGGCGCUUUGGGCUUCCUGAGGCUGGCGCUGUCCAAGGUUCUGGUGCGGCCCUGCUAUCCUCGGUCCCUACAGAGGUCCUCUCUCCGCCACCUCUAACCCUUACACCGGCCUUGCGUCCCACGGAUUGGCCUGCGCUGGUCACGUCAGGCUGGGCGGCAGGCGCGCGUGGGCCGGUGCGCGCGUGCGCGCCCGCGCCCACCCCCCGCCGCUUCUCCAGUCUUGCCGCCGCAAGCACCGCGGGGAGUCGCUCGCCACUGGAGCAGGUGAGGGGGAUCCUGGCCCAAGGUCACCAUGAUUGGGGGCGGGAUCGGGGCCCUUUAGGUUCUGACUGCUGCACCGAGGAAAGGUCAGGCGAUCUGGCUGCGGGGAGGGGAUGGAAGCCACGCCCUCUAUGAGCAGGCUCGGACUCACUGGGGCGGGAGGGGGAGGUUAGGGGAGGUAGUGCUGGUUCAAAGCGUCUGGUUGAGAGGGCUGCCAGAGACCUCAGCUGGGGCUUCGCGCUGCGCCCGAGGGAGGACACAGGGCUCCUCUCCACUCACCCUCUUCCCGCCUAGAUGAGCACCCAGGAGACUGACAAUCCGCUCCUGCCUAGGAUUAGGGGUUCACGUUCCGAUGAAAGGAUUUCUGGGCUCCUCUAGUAAGGGGCCCUCAUUCCUGUCAUGGCUGUCUUGCACUGAUGCACGUCUGGGCGACUGCAUGAGCAGCAGCUCUGAUCCCUAGUGCACAGAUCAAGGCUUUGCAAAUGAAGGCUGGACAGAUGCACAAGGUCUGGAGCCAGGGACCAGGCAGUGAUUCGUGCUCCGGGAAAUUAAACCCAGAAGCCUAGCAAACAUCCCAGCUUCUUGGGGCUCCACACGUCCUGAGAUAUCUAGGAACUGCCUUUGCCUGCGCCAAAGCUAUUCCAUUAAAACUUUACUGCUCUGCUGCCUCAUCUCUAUUGACUUUAAAUGGCAUGUAUGUGACUUACAAUUGGUGCAAAACUGAAACAAACACCGAGGCCACCUAGUACAGUUCAACUUGACACACGGCAAGGAGACCUAGUGAAU